AUGCUAUACUGGUAUGACUACGAAGAACGUAACAUUUGCACGCGCAAAUUAGAUAUAUCUAUCUAUCUAUCUCUUGUCUCUUCCUCCUUCUUGUUGGAGUCAUUUCUUCCACCUCCAUCUGCUGCUGCUCCUGCUGUUGAGGUUGCUGCUGUUCUGGCUGCGUCUGCUGAUGUUGCUGUUGCUGCAGCUCCUUUCUCUUUUCCUGUUGUCGGCUCUUUUUGCUGGCCUCUUUGUUGGGACUGGCCGGCUUCGCUUUUUCCGCCACCUGCCGUUGUUCCCGGUCUUCCGAGGCUACUUCCUUUGCCGCUGCACUUUUUUCCUCACCACCUCCGUCCAUUCCGUGCUACCCGUCUUUUUCCCCUCUUCAGCGGGCACCACCGGGGUGGGCACUGGACCUUUGUCCAUUCUCAGGGGCCCCCAAACAGCCGGUGCCGUAGACGUUGUGGCCAAAGGCUCUUUUUGCUGGGUCCCCUCCGCCAUAGCGGGCGGGAAUUCCCACGCCAAGAAACAGAUGCAAACAAUAAGCCAAAUCGAAAACAUUAA